CGUAGUUUCAAAAAAACAAGAGGAAAUUUUUUUUUAAUCGUACAUUUCUUCCUUUUUAUUAAAUAUCAAUCAUUUAGUUGUUACAAAAGUGGAAACUGUGAUAAUAAAUCUGUCUCAAUCAUAAUAUGAUCGUGACGAUAAAUUAUUACCUAAGCAAUUAUCAAACCUGAUAAUUGGAAUUUAAUUAAUCUUUUAUUCAUACAGCAAUAUGUGGACAAUUAACAAAAGUGAUUUGGAAAGUGUUUAUUGUGACCUGAUAUUUUAUUAAAAGGAAAAAAGUAUUUUUCUCUCAAACUACAAUUUUUCGUAAAAUAAUGGAGAGAGAGGUUCUACUCCCACUAUCAGCUUGUUGCAAUGUAGGCCAUCAAUCACGUCGAAGAGACAGAGAAAAUUCUUUUGGAAACGGUCAUAAUUCAGUGAAUGGUAUAAGCAACAGUUCAGGGAAUUUAUCGCGAGAAGAAAGAAGACGUCGUCGGAGAGCUACUCAAAAAUAUAGAACAGCACAUGCAACAAGAGAACGAGUAAGAGUAGAGGCGUUUAAUCUUGCAUUCGCCGAACUCCGCAAACUGUUACCGACUUUGCCGCCGGACAAGAAGCUCUCAAAAAUUGAAAUACUCCGACUGGCAAUUUGCUACAUUGCCUAUUUGAAUCACGUCCUAGAGUCAUAACUGUACGCGAAUGAGAAUUCGAAUAAAUAUCAUUAUUUUCUCAUUGUUAAUAGGGGAAAAAAUUAUUUUCAAAAAUAACUUCGGAAGUGAAAUGUGUUUAUAAAUUUAUCAUUAUAUAAAAGUAUAGUUUUAUGUUUAAAUACCUUAAA